AUGGCCGCAAGGGAGGUAGAGGAGCGACCUACCAAGCUGCGCAAGCUUGACUUGAAUGACGCUGCGCCGGCGGCUGACCAAGCCAAUACCACUGUACCACCAGUACUGUUGCAGGCCGAUGAAGCGGUCAAAGGUUCCCCUGAGAACCCGUCUGCAUCAAACGGCAUCCCACAACAGCUCGCUGCAAAUCUCACUGGUACGCCCGCGGACCGUGGUGAAGACUCCAGAGAAGAUUCAGAUGAAGCCGCAGAACUGGGAAAGAAGCGCCGCCGGGAUCCUGACCCGGCUGAACAUGAACGACUUCUCCUCCAACAGCAGCAGCAGCAGCAGCAGAACGGCGAGCCAACGGAACGUCUAUCCAAGAGCCAGUUGAAGAAACUCCGCCGGCGAGAAGAAUGGGAAGCCAAUCGGGACCACCGCAAGGCGAAGCGGAAACAGAAGAUCCAGGAAAAGAGAGCCAGGAAGCGAGAGGCACGCGACGAAGAGGCACAACGCCUCCAACUGUUGCUGCAACAGUCACCUCAAGAGCCAAAACAGGACGAAGUUCAACAUCCAAAAUCGAUCCCAGAAUCCGUCCAUCCACAGGUGUCGAAGCCGAAGCACCCUCGCCAUAUCCAAGUCCCCAUGACGAUUUUGAUAGACUGCGGCUUCGAUGACCUCAUGAUGGAAAAGGAACGCAUAUCGCUGGGUUCGCAAAUCACUCGCGCAUACUCCGACAAUCACCACGCGCCGUACCAGGCACAUCUGGUAAUCAGUUCGUGGGGCGGCCUUUUGAAAGAACGCUUCGACACAGUCUUGCACAAGCACUACCUGAACUGGAAGGGCGUUCGAUUCGAGAAAGGAGACUUCGUCGACGCGGCCAAGAAGAUGGAUACAAUCAUGAAGGACCCGAAGAUCGGCGGCCAGUUGGUCGGUUUUUUGGACAGAUUUGCUCCUGGUCACACGCACGGAAGUGCAGCCCAGCAUGAGCAGCAAAAGCCCGCGGACACUGACACUGGCACUGACGCUGUUCCUCCAAAUAAAGCCACCACGGAAUCUUCACCCAACGCAGACAUGGCUAUCAAGCCCGAGCCACCCAGGGCGCACACAUUAGCACCUGAACACCCAGAGUCCGCUCAAGGAGACACAGCACAGGCAUCCUCUGAUCCGACAGCCGCGACUGUCCCCUCCUCUGGCCAUCCUUUGGCUCGCCCACGCGGCGAAAUCAUUUACUUGACAUCCGACUCUCCCAACACCCUCUUCACUCUAUCUCCCUACAGCACCUACAUCGUCGGCGGCCUGGUGGACAAGAACCGCCACAAAGGGAUCUGCCUCAAGACCGCCUGCGACCGCGGCAUCAAGACCGCCAAGCUCCCGAUCGGCGAGUUCCUGGAGAUGAGCAGCAGGAAGGUCUUGGCCACGAACCACGUCGUCGAAAUCCUAUUGCGGUGGUUGGAAGAGGCCACUGCUGGUGGGGAAGAAGGGGCUUGGGGCCGGGCGUUCUUGCGCGUCAUUCCGAAGAGGAAGGGCGGGAAGUUGCGAGGACAAGAUGGUGGCCACGAAACCGAGGAACGAGUAGAUCAGGACGGUGCUGAAGAGAACGCAGGCGACAAAAACAACGAGCAAGGGGAUCAAGAUGGAGAUGAAGAGAACGCAGCCGACGAGAACUACCAGCGAGAACAUCUAGAUGGAGAUGUAGAGAACGCCGACGACGAAAACAACGAGCAAGAGGAUCAAGAUGGAGAUGAAGACAAGGCGGAUGCCGAGGUGCAAAUGAAUGAUGCCCACGACAGCGAAUCCACCGACCACGCCCUCGCCACCUAA